AUGACUGAACUUAAAACAAUAAAUGAACUUGAGGAACUUAAGGAAAUUUUAAUGCAUGACUCCAUUUCUAGUUACUGUCAACCACAACCUUAUCAUUCGACAACCAAGGAUAUAAUAAGUAAUCAUAGUAAAGGUUCAUCUGUCACCAACUCUUCGAAUACUCACUCCGUAAAUUUAGAAAAAUUGAGUUAUCCUGCUUUUUCUAGUUCAAAAAACAAACACGAAACUUGCAAAUUUCCAGAAACAGCUAAUUCAUUUCAAAACAAUUUUUGUUUCGUAAGUAAUCAUAUAAGUGAUCAUCAAGUUCAAACACGUGCACAAGAUGUAGCUAUCUCAAAUGGCCUUCAUAAUUCAUCUGGAUUUGGUAAUGCACCGACAGGGUUUACAAAUUCGUCUAAGCCAUUUGUAAAUUCCUGUGUUCCGUAUAGCAUAAAGUCGAUUGCCUUCACCAAUCAACCUCAAGCCUUUGGUAGUAUCGCUGAACAGAACGGUCUUAUAAAUACUGAAAAAUGUCAAGACAUGUUUAAAAUCUCCACUAAUGGUAUAAGAACACCUGAUCCACAUCAUUCUCAAAUAAAGCUUUUAGAAAGUUUGUUGUUGUGGGCAACAAAUUGUGGUUUUUCUCAUUCUCAUACUCGUCGUCUCUUAGAAUUAGGACUACAGAAAAGAGCCUUUACAUGUCAAAAUCUUGAGCAGAACAAAUUGAUCUUGUUAAAUCUUCUUCAUACUUUUAACUCACUAUUGACAACUUUCUCAACUAAUCAAAAUUCUCAGAAGCUUAGUGAACAAUCAGCUCUUUUGAUUACAGUUACACAUCCUAAUAAUCUAUUCAAGGCACAACAACUGGCUCGCCUAGUUAUUUAUCUAGAACAGAGAGGAUUCUCACAAGAUAUGAUCUAUCGCUAUAUACAAAAUCCUCAUCCCAUGGAAAACGAAGAAGUGGCCAAAUUUCUCAACGAUUUAACGACACCUGCCAGUACUGUUCAUCAAGUCAGACCUAUGAAUUUUCCAUCAUCAAAAUCACUUAGCAUGAAAUACCCAGAAAAAUGAUUGUGAAGACGAUGGAAAGUAUUCUUUCAUUUUCUGAUGUUCAUUGUUUUCUAUGAAAUUUCUCUAAUAUCAGUCGUAUACCGUACUACUAAAGCUGUGAUCACUAAAGCUUUUCAGAUUAUUUAACAGCCAAACAUUUCGUUUUCUUCCAUAUAAUAUUUGUGCUACUUUCGUAUUAUAUUCCCAUUAUGUUUGCAGAUAAUAAAUAGUAAUGGUAUAAGAAGAACGGAUCGUGUCAACCAAUUUUUUUUAUCAGUUUGACUUUACCUUUUCUCAGGUUUGUGUCGAAUUCACAGUAAUCAAAACUAAGAGGCUCUGU